CUCACCAGGAAGAGCAUAAUGGCUUUAGUUUGACCAUGAGAAGUAAGGUGAAUUAUUUUACAUAUAACAUCAUGUGUGUCAAAUUUGCGAAUCAUAUAACAAUAUUGUUUUGACUUAUCUCAUAUUGCAAGCUUUCUAGGUCAUGGUCCAGAUUUGGGUCAAGACCUCUUUCAGUCCAAUCACACAUGAGACAUCUGAGUACUGCAAAACCCAGUGCAGAUCAAUAUGAACUCUCCAAAGGCUCAGAGGGUGAGGGUAGCCAUGACACCAUCAGAAGCUCCUGAAGGUUGCUACGCCUGGUUUGUCCUGCUGGCCUGCUUCAUGGUCUUUGGAUUAACCUUUGGUGUCAUCAAGGCCUUUGGUGUAUUCUAUGUUGAGAUACACCAAUACUUUGAAACCACAGCAACAAGGACAUCCUGGAUCACCUCGAUUGCAGUGGCUAUCAUUCAUGUUGGGGCUCCGAUAGCAUCUGCUCUGAGUGUGCGAUUCAGCCAUCGCUCUGUUGUGAUAAUUGGCGGACUGAUUUGCAGCGUAGGAGUGGUGAUUGGGGCUUUUGCAAGGAACAUGACUGAACUGUACUUAACAGUGGGAUUCCUAAAUGGUUUUGGCUAUGCACUGACCUGGACCCCCACAGUGACCAUGCUUGGCUUGUAUUUUGAGAGGAGGCGUCCUGUGGCAAAUGCCUUGGCCAGUGCAGGAGAGUGCAUCAUUACCUUUAUCAUUACACCUCUGUUCCAGCUGUUGAUUGACAACUACUCCUGGAGGGGUGCUAUGAUGAUCCUGGGGGGUCUGCAGCUUAACCUAUGUGUGUGCGGGAUGCUGCUGAGACCCCUGAAAGUCACCAGAGAUGUGAUUCAUUCAAGUGAGGAGGAAGGCUUGUCCCUGGAACUCCUUAAAAAAGAGGACUUGGAUCAGGACAAACCAAGCUAUAGUGGGUCAAAGGAGCUGAGAAUAUCUGAAGGGGCUGAUCAUGAGACCAUCACUGCUGAAGAUGGUAAAAUAUACCAGGCCCCAGAAGAGAUACCUAAUUCAACUAUGACGUCACAAAAAUCAAAUAGCAGAGCUAAGAGGGCCGAACUCAGGACCAAUAUCCUUCGUUAUGUAGAUUAUACCCUCAUCACCAAUGCACGAUUCAUGAUCUACUCAAUGUUUGGGUUGUUUGCUGCACUCGGUUUCUUUGCACCAGCUCUAUUCCUCGUGCCAUAUGCUCGUAGUAAGGGGAUCGGGGAGUACGAGGCAGCUGCACUCAUGUCUAUCUCUGCAGCGAUGGACCUGUUCGGGAGGGUGUUCUUCGGCUGGGUGGCAAACUUGAGACUGGUGGAGAUGGUGCAGCAGCUGACAGCUACAGUGAUUCUGCUGGGCACCGUGUUACUCCUCUGCCCAUUGACCUCCUCGUUCUGGGAGAUGGCUGCUUUCAGUGCAGCUUACGGCCUGGUGUAUGGCGCCACGGUUGCAAUCCAUAUCACUGUGCUGGUUGAGAUUGUGGGCGCCAACAGGCUCGGAAGCGCACUUGGGUUCUUCAUGCUCAUACGCAGCAGCGGAGGCCUGCUUGGGCCGCCCAUAGCUGGCUUCUUCAUUGACAAGAUGAAUGAUUACGGCACAGGUUUCCUCAUGGCCGGUGUAGCUCUCAUCGUCUCCGCUCUGUUCCUGCUGCUUCUCCAUCAGAUGAAUCGAAUGGUCAAGGGGUCAAACUCCAAGAGCAAUACGCAUACAGACAAAAUGGAACAAAGCUGCUGAGGAAAGAAUUCAAGAAAAAUAGCUGAACGAGACAUGAAUGAAGGAAAAUCUGUUUUUAUAGCUGAUGGAUUUAAAGGUGUGAAUGAGAUCUUGAUCUCACAGUUAUAAAGGGGAGAUCUGCCCCUUAUGGAGUCCACUGUGGUCUGUCUGCAGGUGAUUAUGUGUCAGGAAAUGAUAAUUUGUAUUAAUCAUUAAGAGCCAGUAACUUAUACCUUCAUUCUAUGCAGAUAAUCUGUCCUGUUUAGUAUCAUUGUGCAAAUACUGAAAAGGA